AAUAAUAAAACAACGGCGAUUUACAAAUGGUUUAGUUAAUUUUACUUUAAAUUUUUAAACGCUGCAUUUUCCCGAGUUGGGUAAAAAUUUAAUUGCACUGGUAUACGUUUUCGUCACGCAGCUGUUGACAUUUCGAAAAUGGUCGUCGACUAAUCGUCAAACGUGUAUAAAACACUCCAUCUAUAGGUAUUUAUUUACGUUUUAAGACUGAGACCUGAGACCGCGAGGCUGUGAAAUAUAUUGAUUUUUAAAUUCUUCUUGCUUUCCUGUUAGGGACUCAUUGAGAAUCAUGCCUAAGAGGUAGUUCAGUAGAGUAUAUAACGUGAUACGGUGGGCAUAAGUAAAAUUGAACUGCCAUACGAUCCUUGUGAGCCUAACCCACAAGGAUCUUAGGGUUAUUUCACAUAUUUUCCUAUUCUGCACACUACACGUCUGCCAUUUUUCUUUUUAAUGUGUUGCUAGAAAAAAAUAUUACGUAUAAAGUGGCAGCACUAAAAUCUUAUCCCUUAUCAAACAUGUCAUAUUUUUACAACUGUCACUGUCUGUCAGUGUCAGGUGUCAGCUGUAAGUUUGUGAAUUGUGAACCGUUUCUUGCAGAACAGAAUUCUUGUCUUUGUUGAACUAAAUUAAAUUGACUUUUGGUUAUCGUAUUCAAUAAUUUGGUUUUGUAUUUUAGUAUUAUGAAAGACCUUAAAAACUUUUCAAUUACUGUUAUUUAGAUCGAACUAGUGUAAUUGUCCACUUUUUACAGUUAAAACAAUAUGAUUUUUUCAAAGGCCGCUAUUUCUUUAUUAUGUGUGUUAUUAAUUAUAUCAAUAUUUAUGGCUAGCUUACUAAAUAUUAUAGCGACAGACCACAAUUUUUAUACCGAAAACAAAGACGAGGGGCUAAACUACACAAAAUAUCUAAGUCAAAAAUAUGUGAAAAUAACUGAUACCAAUAAAAAUUUAAUAUGGUUCUUACAAAUUUCUGAUAUACACAUCAGUAUAUUCCGAGACCCAGGCAGAAUAUCCCAAUUCCAGCAGUUUUGUGAUAACACAGUAAAAAAUAUAAAACCAAACAUUGUUCUGGCGACAGGAGAUUUAACAGAUGCUAAAGCCAAAGAUAACUUGGGUAGCUCUCAAGUGAAAAAAGAAUGGAUAUACUAUUACAAUAUUAUACAAGAAUCGGGAGUUACAAGUGACAGUAUUUGGUUAGAUAUAAGAGGAAAUCAUGAUAAUUUCAACAUUAAAAGUAUUAAUGCUCAAGAGAAUUAUUUCAGAAACUACUCUGUCCAGGGUAAAACUUAUCCAAAAUCUUAUGUUCAUAUUUUAAAUGAAAAUGGCGUAAAAGUAGCUUUCUUAGGCGUUGACGCGUGCCCUGAUCCUGGAAUACGGAGACCGUUCAAUUUUAUCGGCAUACUAGAUAACCAAGAACAGCAACAUUUACAGAAAUUAAAACUAGAAGCAGAAUCGAAAGCCGAUCAUGUUGUUUGGUUUGGCCAUUAUCCUACAUCAUGUAUACUAUCUUUAGAGAGAGACUCACAAAAACUAAAUCUACGCCAUCUUAUAAGCAACGUAAAAGGAUCUCAAGUCUACGUAUGUGGCCAUCUUCAUUCAAUGGGUGGAUUAGUACCACAAAUGUACACAAUUCAAAGGAAAGGUUUUCUUGAACUCGAAUUGGGUGAUUGGAAAGAUAAUAGAAUGUACCGUUUGGCGGCAAUUGACCACGGAAUUUUUUCUUUCGUCGAUCAAAAACAUAAUACGUGGCCAGUUGUUCUUGUGACUAAUCCGAAGCACGCGCUAUAUGCGAUGCCCGGUCGCGAGCCCCUGACUUUAAUUAGAUAUUCGACUCACGUUAGAAUACUGGCCUUUAGCGACGUAAAUAUUGACACCGUACAGAUAUCUUAUGAUAAAAUAAAUUGGUCAGAGUGCAAAUUGGUUGAAACAGCCUUGUAUGUUUGUCAAUGGGAACCUGAUUUGUUUAAAAAUGGUUUACAUUACUUAUAUGUCAUGGCUACUGAUGAAAUUGGAAGAAAAACGAUCGUGGAUCAUCCAUUUUCUUUGGACGGAUCAAAUUUGCAAUUCAAAGUUGUUCCGAGAAUAUUGCUUAUGCUCGAUGCUGGUGGCGUGUUUCAGACAUUAUUUGGAACACUAUUGAUGGUCAAUAUAUUACCAUUAGUGAUACUGAGGUUUCAAAAGCGACCGCCAAAAUGUCGCCGAAGCAUUGCUAACAAGAUUCUUAGAAGGAUUUGGUUGCUUACGAAGAUAGAUAGAGUUUUUUUUCCUUUAGUUUUGUAUGUGCUGUACAUACCAUUUGGACCAUGGAUUGUCGGUGAAUUAAUCGAUGGCUACAUUGGUGUAGUUUUUGCAUGGGGUAUUGUAAUUAGGGGGUCAUACAUACCAGAACCGUUUACAUAUAUGUACGGUAGCGUGCAGUUAAUGUUUGUACACUUACCUCUUGUACUUGUGUUGGCGUAUUGCCUAGAGAUGAGAUUAUUUGGACAAAAUCUAAGAGGUGUAAAACGAGUUUUGAAGAAUUUACCAUUUAUAUUUUUGUUGUCAAUACAACUUUUAUUGGCGUAUUUCUAUUGGCUUGAAUAUGGCACGUUAGCCUUUAUAUUUGGGCCAUUAAGGACAUGGAGUGUGUUUCUAAAUAUACUUCUUUGGUAUAAAACGUUAACAUUGCCCCCAGAUUACUGCAGGUCGUUGUUAAAAUUGGAGGAUUUACCUUCGUAGUGAUUUUAUGAAAAAUAUGAAAUUAUUCAAUUGAAGAGCUUGCUGAGCACGCUUACAUAGUGAGAUGAACAUAUUUUUAUACAUUAAUUAUCAAUAUUAUUCAUAGGUAAUGCUUUUGAGUCUGUAGCACAUUGGUCUUAAUCAAAUACUGUAGCCAUAUAAAUAACUUUUAUGUUUACGAGGCUAUUGUAAAAUUAUAAUAAUAUACACAAUGUUAAGUUACUUUAUCGCCGUGGGGUUCUAUUGAUGAAACAGAGAAAAAAAAUAAUAUCUAUGGUUUUUUUUUCAAUGUUAAAAGAAGUGACAGUAUUAAAUAGGUUUUGUCAUUGUAAGCCCAUGGUAUAUUUGAGUAUUGUUAAUACCAAAGAAAAAUUAAUCAAGAGUUACAGUAUUACAAUUCAUUUGUAUCACUAUGGUUUAUUUGUUUUUUUUUAUUUUCUUAAGACACAAAAAUAAUAGAACUUGUAGAUAAAAGUGUGAUGUUAUGACCACUUUUUAUUCUGUUUACAUUUUAGAAUAUUCUCAUAAAAUUGGUGUCCAUUUACCAGUAUUUUUCGAUUACCAGUAUGUUCUUUUGUUUUUGUUUAAAUGUAUCAAUGGCCGAACCAUUUAAAAACUUAAAAUUUGCUUGCAA